AUGAGGGAGCGAAAUUCAACGACUCCUGACUCGUCUUUUACCAUAAACGACAGGCGUUACAAACGAGGAUAUUAUCUUACCAAUGAAAUCUAUCCUAGGUGGGCGACUCAUGUCAAGGCAAUGCCAUAUCCGACUGAAACAUAUGACAAGAAGUUCAAGAAAGUUCAAGAAUCGGCAAGAAAUGAUGUAGAGCGAGCGUUUGGUGUUUUGAAAGGAAAAUGUGGGAUUUUGAGUCGGCCAAUGCGAGCGAUGACGGUCGACAAGAUUACUAACAUCGUGCAUGCGUGUAUUAUAUUGCACAACAUGAUUAUAAAGGAUGAUGGAAAGGUAAUAUCAUCGGUUCGUAUUGUGGAUAGGGGAGUUCUAGUGGUUUAUAACCACGAUGCAGUGGAUGAGAUAGAAGAUGAAGAAGUUCAUCAUCGUCUUCGAUAUGAUUUUACAGAGCACGUUGGGAGGCUAAAUUUAUCCCAUCUCGACGACUCAACCAAUACUGAUUACUGA